AGUAAAGCUGACUAACUAAAGGUUAAAGGGAUAAUUUUAAGUCAAAGAUAAACAUAUCAAAUCUUCUAAUUUGUAUAAAACAGACACAAACUUCUAUUUUAUUUAAUGAAUGUGAAAAGAGUUGGUUGUCUCUUAUAUAAGCUGUACUUAGUUAAUGUGUGGUUGUCAUUUUAUGCCAUGCAACAGACUUAGGAUGUGUUUUAUGCUUUAAAAAUCAUCAUAUUCAUAUAAAAACCUUUUAUAUCUGUAAAAUGCAUAGGAUGAUGUUGUUAUAUUGUGUGUUUGUGUAUGUAUAAGUAAUGUUUUUCCCAUCCAAAUGACAGUUUUCCAGAAAGGGGGUGUUUGUUUGGCCCCGGGCCCUUCUGGUUCCACCGGCGUGCCGCAGCAUGACUGAGUGGUGUGAAGUUCUGUUGGUCUGAAAUGGCAGAUGAAUCAGGGCGUCGUUUUGAGGCGGAGCCUCUGAAGGGAGGAGAGGCAGAAGGGGGCGUGUCUAAGGAGAAAAGCUGCGCAGGAAAGCUGGGCUUGUCCCACCUGACGGGCUGGCGUACAGCUGCAUUCCUCCUCUCUCUCUUUCUGUGCCUGUUGGUGGUCUUCGCCUUUUCGUUCAUCCUUCCUUGCCCCGUACGGCCACAAUACAUGCCCACCUGGAACCGCACCAUUCCUACCGCAGCCACAUAUAAUUUCCUGUCUGUUGAGGACGCCAAUGAAGACAAAGUCUUGGAUGUGUUCUUCAUGUACAAGGAUGCUGAUGCCAGCCGCAACACAUGUUUGAGUGAAGAUUUGUCAAUCCCGUGUCUGGUUUUAACGGCUGUUGAUGGUACUGAUGGGAAGACUCUUUGGAAACGACCUUUAGCUGCUGAAUUUUAUUGGGUGGAGUGUGGCGUAAAGGGGCUCGGACGUAAAGGAACAGGAUGUCUGGUUGCUCAUGCAGGCAAUCUCACGGCGGUCGACAAACAGUCCGGUGUGAUCAUGUGGCAGCAGUCGCAGUCUACUAUGAUGAAUGUAACUCUCCCGCUGAUCAGCGUUAUGGAUCUGAAUGCUGACGGAGUAGAGGACUUUGCCAUCCUUUCAUAUUAUCCUGAAGCUCCAUCAUUCACACCCAUACCGACAGAGCUGGUGUUUUUCUCAGGGAAGUCAGGUGAUCAGAUCGGGAGGGUGGAUGUUGACAUGAUGGGGGUUUUUGGUCAUCUGCCAUUCAAAACGACCAGUGGCGCUCCAUACCUGCUGUUACUCAAUGACAGUGGGCUCUACGCGGUCAGUUUGCAAUAUCUGGUGGCUCAGGCUGGGCUGAAAUCUGCGCUGAAGAAAGAGAAAAGCUGGGAGGAAAAAUCUGACAGUCAAACUGGACUCAUCUCACUCUAUCAGUCUGAUUCCCUGAAGCGUGUGUCGGUUGUUCAUGGCAGCAGUUCUCCAUCACUGCUGGUCCAAACGGACUCCAGCGUGUCACUGCUGCUCACAGACGAACUGAAGAUCGCAUGGACCACCAACACCAGCGCUCUGCUCAGUGCGCCCACAUUUGGGCAAUUCAACCAAGAUGGAAUUCUAGACAUAGUGAUAGAGGAAGAUGUUGGCAAUGACACCAAAAGAGUGAUGGUUCUCAGCGGAAAAUCUGGAGACAUCCUGUGGAAGGUGAAUCUGUUGUUCUGGACUCCGAGUCCUCGUCCGGCAUCAGUCCUCACGCUGAACUCAUACUCAGUGUUCAUGCUUUGGGGACAGAGUCACGGCAACCAGACAAUGCAGUCAUCAUUCCUGCUGCAUCCUCGAUACUCCCAAACGCUGCUGGAAAGAAGAAAUCCUGCACAGAACAUUCUCUCUUUUAAGGCAACGCUGUUGGAGCGAGGUCGCCACGCCUGUUACCUCGUUCUUUCUGGACCGGACGGACGGCAGCAUACAGAAUUAGGCGAGACUGAGCCAGUGAUUCUGACCAAACGGAAGAUAAAGGAUGACGUGUCGGAGAGCGGCGUUCUGGGAGUAAAAGCCGAUGAACCGAUUUCUGAAGACACAGAGAAGUCCGUGAAGGAGGCCUUCUACAGGCUGCGCUUCAGCGAUGCACUUUUCUGAAACACAAUGAUAUGUAUAUAUUUUAUAUUUAAUCUUCAACCCGAAGGUCAAACAGGCCAAAAGCCAGUGGCUGCAAAUCCAAAACAGAGCUUAUGUCUCAACUGUUUUAAUUAGAAUAUCUGUUAAUCUGAUCUAGUCUUGGACUCGGUCGAAGCUGACACUAACCCAAAUCAUCAAGGUUUUUACCCAAUACUACACAAUUUAAAUUUAAUGUAUUAAUUUAGAAGGUACAUAUACUUUUGGGUCAUGCUGCAUUACUUUAUGACAAUCAAAAACUACUGUAACGCAUUUCAGAUUUCUGCAUAAGGCUAUCAAGAGGUAAGAUUAUAUUCAGACUUUUCAGGGAUUUCAUAUAAAGGUGAAUCUCAUAGAACAGUCCAGGUCAUGAAGAAUUUGGUUGGAAAUUAGAUGCCACCAUUAAAAAAAUAAUAAUUGUCCUAACAAUAGAUGUUGUUUUCUUGAGCAAAAUCUCUAAUUUUCCCUCUUUUGAUUCAGGUAUGAAACAUGACCUGGACAUGAGAUUCAUGUUUUCUUUGUAGUCUUUCAUGCCGUAGUGGAGUGAUGUUUUGCUUAAAGCUGUAGCGGAGGAGUCUGCAUUGUGUUUCACACACACAAAGCAACACUAAAACAAGCCUAACUUUGUUGCGUUUGUCAAAAAGAGAAAACGAAUAUUUUAUAUUUGCAGUGCAGUUUUGCUCCUGUAUCACAGGGGUUUAUUUAAGACUUUGAGUCUUGUUUAGAUGGUUUAAUGGGUUUGUGUGCGUUUGUUUGUAAGUGUUCUGCUGCUAUUGUUUUGCGAUUCUUGUUAACUCACUGUGAUGUCUCACAUAAUGCUGUACAUUUAGUGCCUUAACUAGGGACCUGAAAAAUCACUACAGGUGCUGUUAUGAGUCUGUAUGUCUGCUGUUUGGGAUCUUAUCUCCAAAAUGUGGGUUUAGUUUUAAAGCAGGGAUGAAGACACUUCUUUAAACCAAUGAGCAGAAUCUUACCUUGAGUUUAUUGUAGCAAAAUCAGAGCUUUAUGUCAUCCUUUGUUUUCUGUGCAUCAUCUACAUUCACAGAAGAACAGGACGAUCAGCUGCACCAAAACCAGAUGCCUUUUGAAUCUAAAGAAGCCAAAUAAACGAGAACACUGUGGAUUAUAUACUGCUGUAGUAGAUGAACAUGUUUAAAAUCAGCUAACUUGAUGCUUUGUAUUUAUUAGAGAUUUAUUAUUAGUAUUAUUAAUUGGUUUAGAUUCCUUGAUUUUGUAAACCUGUAGAUCAGGUCGAAAAUUGAACGUCUGCCAUUUUCUGUCUUUAUUUGAGAAUAUUAUAUUUGAUUGCAUUGUUACACUGUGUAAUAAAGAGAAUGCAUUCAGUG